UAGAAUGAUUGGUCCUCGUGCAGUUCAGUUAUGUAUUACGUUCGUUGAAUGCAACACGGGACGAACACCUCGAAACAGAAAACAUCAAUGAGCACUAUCUAUCCCGAGAUACGUCCCGAAAAUAGAAGUGUUUGUUUCUGGACGACCGACUAACUAUUGGAUGAAAAAAAAGUUCGCCGUUCCGGGUGUACGAUGCGGUGAUUCGAGGGCGGAGAGGACAUCCCGUGAAGACUAGGACGCAGUCAUACAAGCGAUUCGAAGAUGAAGUGGCCGUUGGUGCUGACUUGCUUUCUGUUGCCGCUUUCGUGCAUUCUGGAUGCAUCGCAUGCCGACUGCGAGUUCCCGGCGGAGUGGAAAGGCCGUUGGUUCGAAUCGGGGAAUCAGGAGCUGGUGACGGUGAACGGAUCCAUCAUGACCAGCAAGGGCAUCUGCAUCGACAAAGAAGACGACAAGUUCCUCAUUCAUGACGCUGUGGACAAGUGUUACCGUUGCAUCGUAAUGCACAUGAAACACCCGAAUGUACUGCAGUACAAAGAAAGCUUUUGCAUAGCGAUGCCGACGAAGCCCAAUCUACACGACACGUGCAGCGUGUUGACCAGCGACGACAAUCUUAUUUCAUUGUUUCGCACGGGCGCUGCUCCCAUGCCGUGUCCAUUCAAAGGACCUCUAGAAUUCGCCUACACCAGCGGAGAACAGACGUGCGAUUCGCCAUUGUCCAUCGCGGAGACUUGCACCCAAGAAUCGCGGUUGUUUUUGCGAUAUCAGGCGUGCGCCAAUGUUCGUUCUUCCGAAAGUAUUGACAUGGAGUUGGAGUGUCUAGCCACGUGGAAGGACGGGAGCACGCACAAUUUGGUGGCACGGCUGCACGGGGCACGAAAAACGAACGACGAAGACAGCUAUAGGUGUUUCAUUUACGAACAAACGUCGAACAACACUUGGGAUUUGGCGCAAAGCGGGGACGCUGCAUGCACGGGCUUCAGCGUCGACGAUGCUGCCAGAACGUACAAAAUGAAGCAGAAAUAUCGGCCAAUAAACUGCACGUAUCCAUCCUGGGUGGUAGACAAUAAAUUAUGGUUGGGUUUGGAUCGAAUAGCGUCUCGACUCGUGACGUCGUCUUACAAUCUGACGAUACUCGAUCGGAAGGAAACCCGUCUCGUUUGUCACACCAUUGUUCCCAUCAACGAUGUACAUUAUUAUAGCCGCCUGAAUGUUGACACGGCGAACCAGGUGAUGUACAUCGCAAGGGCCACCGUCGACUGCAACAACGGAUACGUGUGUUUGAUGUUCCAUCGGAGGAACGAUCACAUAAUAGAAAUGCAACUAUCGGAAUGGAGCCAUCAACCCGACGACGUGUGCAACUCGAGUACAUUCCACUUGACGCCAUACACGACGUUCAUUACGUCGGAUCCGAUGAACAGGCACUGCCCCAACUUGGGUCGUUACGAAAUCGUGUCGAUGAUACAUUCGCACACGAACGAAAACGCCGAGGACAUAUUGAGCAUCGAUGGGGAUCAGAGCAUCGCUAAUGCCGCCGAGGUGCAUGACGUCAGAGUCACGUCGACACCCUAUCCGGGUCGAUGUCGUUACGGAAGUGUUCGACGACUGGAUAUCGGUUGCAAGAGACCCGAUCGUAUGGAGUUUGCUACGUCUUGCAGCGACGAGACACCGUCUGAGUACUUCUGCCACGGAACCUGGAUCGAAAACGACACAACUUACUUGGUCGCGAGCACCGACGUCGGUCGUUACUGUCUCGUUUAUAGUGCAUCCGCCGCGGCGACAGGAAGUCGUGAACUCUCGGUGACGGGUCAUCUUGCUUCCUGUCCGAGAGCCUCUCAUCGCCAUCUAGUAUCGUGGCAAGUCAACCUCACAUCGUACGCGCAAUGCGGGGACAUCUCAACGGCGACGUCGUGGACGUGCCGUAUCUCAGCCUCGGUGUACAUCUUCGUUGUCCUGGGCAUCCUGUUCAGCAGAUACAUUGCGAGGUGAUGCCACUGAGAGGAGGAACCAGGCCACGCAUGGACGGCCGUAUAAUCAGCGAACAGCCGCACGAACAGCAACCAACA